CAUCUCUCUCUCUCCGUAACCGUAGUCCCACUCUCGAUCGAGCCCUCCGACCCUUUCGGCGCAUACAUCAUUGUCGACGAUGCCAACGAACUUCGACUCAUCAUCAUCAUCAUCGUCCUCGCCGCCAUCCCCACCAACAUAGCCUAGCCUCACGCCCUUGGCGUCAUGACUUGGAACGCCGCCUUCCCAUCCUCGCCCCUCUCUCGCUCAGCGAUUAGAGGGGACACCUCACCCAGCAUGCGCUCCUCGUCAACACCGAUGUUCAACUUACCAGGCGAGCAGAGCCGCCUAGGUGCGGCUCCACCUGAUCCACCCCACUGCCAUAGUGGAUGGAGAGACGACGCUGCGAUGCCAUCCUCGCCCUUUUCCUCUCCACGAGCUUCGCCUCACAAGCAGUCUCCUCGUCCCAGCAUGCCUUCCUUGGCCUCAUCACCCCCAUCUCCACGCAUGCCUUUUCGCUCGUCAUCGCGACGCCUCUCCUCACACCUCUCCACGUCGCCCAAUCCGAGUAACCUGCCGUUAGUCGGCUCCUACUCCGAAUCCCUCCUUAAUGGCCGAAUGAGUACAACACCGAGCGUUCCGUUUCCCUUUGAAGCCGAGAUCGGUGCAUUAGGUUGUACUUCUGGCCAGAGCCAGACGCCCAAGCACCUCAAGAUCGACUUUGAAGCUAGGUUCUACCCGCUACCUGAGGCAACAACAGGACAACAGAGCCCUUCAGGUGGCUCAACUCGCAGCUUCAGUAGUAGCUACGUAGCACAGAGCAGCAUGCCAUCGCCCACGCCUCCUGCAGCGGCCGGGCCGACCAUGUCUGCCGCAACGACACAAGCUCCAUACGUAGGCACAAUCAACCUCGAGUCGCACUACAGCUCCGUCUUGGCCUCCUGUCUCGAUCCGAGCUCAUCCCAACAAGCAGCUCCACCAGCAGUCCCCGUCUUUCCCGGGUAUGCAGUCCCGCGUCGAGGUCAGAUCCAGCUUCUAAUCAAGAACCCGCACCUCAAUGUGCCCUUCAAGCUCUUCCUUGUGCCAUACGACUUGAGCGACAUGCCUGCAGGCAGCAAGACAUUCUUGAGGCAAAAGAUCUGUCUUGAGGCGGGCAGCGAGGCUUCGAGCUUCCCAUCAAUGACGACGGGUCGUGCCAAGCGCCAUUCAUUGGGCGCAACCACCUCCCUGCUGCGUAGCGAGGCCAAGCCGAAGGAGAUGCUGCGUUAUGCCGUUCAUCUACAAUUUGCCUCUCCGCCUCUCAAGCCGGCCUCAAAGAAGCAGCAAAGCGCCAAGCAGGCGGCAGCGUCCGCCCAAAUCCUCGAAUCCUCCUCGUGGCAGGCGGGUCCCGAGCAAGAAGAGCCCAAGCUCUACCUCCACAAAUCGAUCCGCGUCGUCUUCUCGCCUCGCGCUCCCGACCGAGAGGAGAAAGUCAAGACGACGUAUGAAACCCCCGCUGGUCUGUGUGUUCCUGAGUUGCCUGCUCAGGACCCGAAGGAGUGCGCCAGGAUGAGGGAGAAGAAGUACGCUCCGUACUCGGGGCCUUCUGCGGAGUGGGAGGGACAGAGGAAGAGGGCUCGGCUGGCUCGGAGGGAGUGGAAGAGGAGGCGCCAAAGCGAAGCCAGCGAGCGAGAUCGUGAGCAAGGUGACGAAAGUGUGGGGAGCUUUGCGGAUCAGAGUGACAUCUCUACCGCUUCGUCAGUACCGGCGACCGAAGGGUACGGACGAUUCGAGCCGGCUGGCGAGGCCGUCGAGGCUGCGGCCAUGGCGAUGGACAUCGACGUCGAACCAGAUGUGCAAGCACAGGCGAAUGUCUUCGAGCCCAACUCGGAUCCAAACGGCGAACGAUGGCAUGGCAGCCAGGCCAUCGGAGUCGAUGAAGCCGAGGAUGUCGCUGGAACCGGCACGCUCGCCGACAGGUGGGGGAGCCUGACACUCGCUUCUCACGCGGAGCCAGGCGCAACAAGUACACCUGGCUGGCCACUGCGCGGCCAUCGACACACUUUGCAGCGGCAGCGCUCCCGCACGAUCACACCCGCCACACAAGCCAACGCCGAGGGAC